AUGAGCCACAGCACCCUCUCCGACAGCAACAACGCGCUUGUCCAGAAUGCGCCGCCUCUUGCAGCAACCAAGAGCACUGAACCCAUGCCUCUAGAAGGCCCAUCCGUCUCCUCGCCUCCUUCAGCCCCUUCAGUUCCACAGAAAGAUGCUCUCGAGUCCAAAAACAAUGAAGCCUUGGACGUCGAGAACGACUCCGAGGCUGAGACUUUGAUCGUGUCGCCCGUCAAGAAACGUGACAUGCUUAAGCAAUCGAAUUCUGCCCAAGCUCUAGAAAGUAUUGACGAGAUUCCUGAAAAGACCUCCGCUCAACCUGAAGAAACUCCAGCACAACCUGCUCGAGGAACUUCGACCGAGAGAGCCCAGACUAAUGGCGAUGAGCCACAGAAGACCGAGGAACCACUGGCCGAAAAGGUCAUCAAGCUGGACGAACAAGACACCAAUGCCAAUCGAGACAACCAGGACAGCGAUAGUGACAAUCUGAGCGACGUGUCCUCAGUGCAAUCAUUCGAGGACGAAAAUGGAAAUGAAAACGAAGCCAACAACAACGACAAUGACGAAGACGACGACGAAGACGAGGAUGCAAGGUCAUGGGCAUCUGACAAGGAUGAUGAGGAACGAGCAUCAAAUCCACGGAAACGCAAGCAUGCAGAUGUCGAUCAACCACGUCGGAAAAGGAGGUCUAGCCGAGAUCACUCGUCAUCACCGCAGUUGCGUAGACACCGGCGGACUGCCUCAGCGCAAUCAGCACGGCCCAGCCAGAGUCGGAGUAACAGCGGACAACAUUUACAUGCAGCCGGCGUGGCACGGCAACGACGCGCCGCUACUCAUUUUCCGGUCCGCGACAACAUGCUCGCGAGGAACGUCUGGGACUCGGACACUUCUUCUGAAACAUCACAUCAAUAUCCCAAAAGCAGACUCACGCGAAACACCAGCAGAGCCGUUUCAACACCUGGUCGACCAAUGGGUUUGGCAAAGCGGCACGUCAACAAAUACGGCUUCACUCGCUUGGCCGAAGCAUGCGAGAACGGCGAUCUUGACGGUGUCAAAGAGUGGCGCGAGAAAGACCCUGAGCAACUCGAACAGCGCGAAUUUGCAGGAAACACACCACUACAAGUCGCUUCCCUCAAUGGCUAUCCUGAGAUUGUGAGUUACUUGCUCGAGCAAGGCUGCAAUCCACAUUGCGCAAACGCGGACAAGGACACUCCUCUUAUCGAUGCGGUCGAAAAUGGUCACCUCGAUGUUGUUCAAAUCCUCCUUAAGGCUGGAAUCAACCCUCUUCACUGCAACCUGAAAGGCCAACAGGCGCUCGAUGUUAUUACCAAGGAGACCGACAAUGCUACGGAAAUUCGCGCUGCUCUUCGCGAGGCUAUCGAAGACUGGAAAAAGAAUGGCAGAUCCGAACAAACAUACAAUGUUGAGGAGCCCGCUUCACGGCCUGGACCAAAGCAAGGACUUCAAUUUCUUGCACGCACAUACGAAAACCUGCUCAAACUUGUUAGCGAGAAUGAUAGGACAGCCGUUCAAGAGUUCCUGGAUGCCCGAGUGCCUGUCGACAAUAACGUUGUAGCGGCAGCAGCAAAGACUGGCGACCUCUACCUAGUGAACAUGCUUCUCGCCGAGAUGACCCCUAAGAAGGCUCGUCAAAGGGCCGAUAGACCCAUGCUUUCUGUUAUCGGAACUUCUCACUUUGACAUGGUCAAGGCUCUCACUGAACUGGAUCAAUUCGAACCCACAUGGCGCUCUAAGAGUAGCAACCUGACGUGGUACGAGAUUGCCGAGUCCAAGCAGGGCCCGAGGUGGAGAGAGGAGAAAGCGCUAUUACAAAAGCUAUAUGAGAAGGCUGAGAAUGCUAGAAAACUCAGCUCAAGCCCGGUGGCUAGACGCGAGCCCACCAAGAAACGACGACGAAGUAUCGAACGCCAGCAUGACUCUGAUGUGGAGAUGGAAGAUGCCGAGUCACCUGAAAGAGCACGAAGCAGAAGACGAUUGGUUUCUAAGAAAGACAUGCGUACAGAAAGUAGACAACGAUCAUCUUCGGAGCUCUCCGACGUUGCACCACCUAGAAGACAUGGACAUGGCGAACGCUCUUCCGACCAAAACUCCCUCAAACCACCUGGACCACGAAAAGUAGGACGUCCAAGGAAGCACAGCAACUCUCACCUUUCAGAACCACAGCCCAAGCGACACCGUUCAUCCUCGAUGAUUGAGCCUACCGAAGAAGAUCGUGCCACAAACGACUCCGAAGACGACGAUGAGGAUAUAAAGAUGGAGGAAGCUGAUCGCGAGGCCGCAGAAGCAGAAGCCGCUCGCAAAGCCGAUCUCGACGCCAAGGCCGAUGCUCAGAGAUUGGCGGAAAAGCUGCGCAAAGAUGAGCAGGCUCGUAAAGAAGAGGAGGCUGCGAGACGCAAAGAAGCUGAGCGCAAGGCUGAGGAAAUACGUCAGCAACACGAACGAAAGAUGGCAGAAGAUCGUCGUCUGGAACGGGAGAGAAAGAUUCAAGCCCUUCCAAGUGCUUUGGGGCAUAUCGUCAGUCUGGCAGACGUUCGUGGAAAAGAGCGACAGACGUAUAUCCAAAGACACUUCCUUCCCGUUCAGGUUGUCAAGCGAGCAGAUCUGGGAGAUUUGCCGGAUGAGGGCAAGCCUGACGACCUAUGGAUGCUCAGUUAUCAGGCUGCUGCGAUUCUCACAGGCAAGGAUGCAGAUACUGUUCUGGAUCUUCCACUUGACGCGAAGGCAAAGCCAUCAUCGCUCGCUGCAGUUUCAACAUCUGAGGUGACUGAAGAACAGCGCCGACUGAUGCUGGCGUGUCUUCAGUCGACUAGCCUGGUACAUGGACUUCCUUCGAACGAAGACAGCGAACCAGCAGAAACAGGAAAUUUGUUGGCUGAGCUUGCAGAAGCCGAGAGGAUUCAGCAACGCAUCAAGGAAGACCGAGCCAAAUUCCUCAACAUGGCCGCUCUGAGAUGGAUGCGAUUCAGCGACUUCUACAACAUUGCAACAUCAGCCGAGUGUCCUCAUCUAGCCGGAUUGGACAUUCAGAUGAGGUUUGAUUGCUGUCUGGAUCCUGUUUCUUUCUCGACAGACGUCAAGACAACCAAUGGCACGAUUGAGCACGACAAGGAGCGAGUCAAUGGCACGAACGGCACUGAUGACAGGAGCCUUUCCGCGGCAGGACCCGGAGUUACGACGAUUACGGUUGUACAGGAUUGA